UGACCCGGAAUAUAUUGAAAUAAGGGAUUAUGGGAGAGCAAAUUGACUGAAACAUCUUUCUCCUUCUCCUCCCUCUGCACCCUCCUCUCCCCCCUACCCUCCUCUUCCUCGAAUGGUUCACAUCACUAAGCUGAUCUCCUUGCUCCGAAAAUAACUCCCAUCUCCGUUUAGGUGGAAUAGAGCUGAAUGACGGGAUUGUACUCUUAAGGAGCCCGCGGAGAUGUUGGCAGGUGCAUUACUUCUGGCCGCAAUACUUGCAACUUUACCAGGGGGCCAAAGCAGGUGGAGUGUGUCCUUUUCCCGAAGAGAGAUCUGUGUGUGGGCAGGAACCACUGUCACACUGCCAUGUCGCUAUGACUAUCCAUCAGGUCACACGGUGACGCAGAUCAUGUGGUUUCGUGUAUCAGCAGACGGUCGAAGGGAGUUCACCCAUCACACGGACCUAAACCAAAUCAGCCUGUCUUAUCGUGGACGUACACGUUACAUCGGCGGAAGCUACUCGAGCUGUUCGGUCCAAAUUCGAGCUGUCAAGCUGAGUGAUGCAGGCCAGUACCACUUCAGGUUCAAGACGGAUCAACCACUGGGACGAUGGACCUCGCCAGACACCAUCACUCUAGACGUAACAGACCUCCAGGUCCAGCUGCAUCCAAGAAGGCCAGCCAACAUGUUUGGCUUUGCAGAGACUGUGUUUGUCGGCUGCCAGGCCACAGGAUGUGCUGCCCCAGGAAGGAGCCUCGCGUUGUACAGGGAUGGUCGAAACCUGGGCUCCUAUGAUAAAUGGAUGAUAAUCAAACGCUUCGACCGAGUACACGUUGGAGCGUAUAUCUGUCGACCAAUCCCGCCACAGAAUGUGCAGUCCCCGCCCCUCUUUCUGGCUCUCGGCCAUGCCCCUCGUUCUACCUCCAUCCAAGUUUCUCCAUUAGGAGUGGUGUCAGAGGGCGGGUCGGUCACUCUGUCGUGCAAUAGCGAAGGAGCUCCACCGGUAGAGAGCUUUGCCUGGUUCAAAGACAUGGAGACUGGCAGCAUCCCAGAUAGUUUUGGGCCUCGACUCCACCUUACUCACCUCAAAUACACAGACGGAGGAGAGUACUUCUGUGUGGCGCGGAAUUCCCUCGGAACCGAACGAUCCCAACCAUUUCUUCUCAAUGUGACAUUCUCACCCAAAAACACCCAUGUGCUGAUAACACCGCCUGGUGACAUUCGAGAAGGCUCCAAUGUGAACCUCAGCUGUGUGAGCCAUGCCCAUCCCCCUAUCAGCAGGCAUGCUUGGUAUCGCAUCCUAGGAGACCAGGUGCUAGCAAAAGGAAGCGUCCAGAACUUGACGUUCCCUGCAGUGCGUGCUCACCACGCUGGUCAGUACUACUGCAUGGCCUGGAACCGAUUAGGACACCAAACCUCUCAUAGCACCGCUCUCACUGUGCUGUACCCUCCGAAGAACACUUCAGUGCUGGCUCGUCCUUCCAGCGUGGUGGAUGCUGGCCGGCCUUUGACUCUAACCUGCAGCAGUCAGGCCAACCCAGCCGUGGACAACUUCACUUGGCACCGUUUAACACACAACGGAGCAUCAGUACAAUCGUGGGGCAGCCGCACUGGUCCUGUGUUCACAUUCUCAGAAGUCGGGCCUGGAGAGAGUGGCCAGUACUACUGUGAGGCUCGAAACCGCAUUGGAGUCCACAGCUCUCCUAUGCUUACAGUUCGAGUUAGAGGACGACUAAAGGUGAUUGCGUUGGCAUCGGCGGUGGGCGUGUCUGCUGGGCUCAUCACUUUGACAGUGGCCAUUAUGAUUAGUAAGAACAUGCACACAGUUGACAUGGAGUCAGUCGGAGCAGCAACCAAGCGGCCCUCAGUAACAACUGACACCAUUUUCUAUGAGGCGACCCAACCGACGAUGCCAGUGAGAGAGACCUUCAUGGCUGACAUACCAGAGGAACCUGAAGACUUGAGUGACAGCUCCCAUCCAUCAAUUGUUCCUCUGAAGGAUGCUCCUCCAACGACAGGAGCUGAAAUGUACAAGAGGUGA